AUAAAUUUGAAUUUGGUUGGUUUACUUAUUUCUCAGUCGUGAGUUUACGUAAAAAUAGUUGAAUUUAUAACUUUUUUUACUUUCAAAACAAAAUAGUUCCAGCAAAAGUAUCGUUGGAACAACUUUUUUCUUUAGCUAGCAAGUUGCAUGUCAAAAGUAUUUUUGUUAAUUGGACUUAGUGUAGCUAUGGUAAGUUUAUGGAACGUGUGGAAUUUAUACAGUUCAUACAGUUCAAAACGUACUCAGGAAGAGAAAGAAAAAGAUAAGAAUACUUUUACUCCAAAAACGAAUAGUCAAACAAAUAAAAUUACAAAUAAGACAGCAUACUCUUCAUACUCUUCAAGAAGAAAUUCUAUUAUACCGAUAUCAAAGAGUAUAUUGACAUUUGAAUUUAUAAAAGAAAUUGGAAAAGGACAUUAUGGAAAGGCUCUUUUAGUCAGAGAUAAAAUUUUUAAUAAGAAAUUUGUGUUAAAAGAGAUACCGUUAGAAAUCUAUGAAAAUCAUGAUUUAUUGAAGAAUGAACAUAUAAUACAUAGUAUAUUAGAUAAUAAGUUUAUUGUCAAAUAUUAUGGAACAAUUGUGUUUGGAAAUUAUAUUUAUCUUAUACUUGAAUAUGCCCCACAAGGAGAUGUUUUAGAAUAUAUUUUAAAUAAUGGAUCGUUAGAUGAAGUUGCAGCUGCAAAGAUAAUUUUACAAGUAUUAUGUGGAGUCGAUUAUAUGCAUCAACGAAAUAUUGUUCAUAGAGAUCUAAAACCAGAUAAUCUUUUGCUUUUUGAUAAAGGCCUCGUUAAAAUUUGUGAUUUUGGACAUUGUGGAGUAUUGACAAAUGAUAAAGAAAAAUUAAAAGGUGUAGGAGUUGGUACGCCUGUUUAUAGAUCUCCCGAACUUGUAUUAGGUUUACCACAUAACGAAAAAACUGAUAUAUGGAGUAUAGGAGUAUUAACAUAUAUGUUUCUUACAAAUGAAUCUCCUUUCGAAGAUGAUGAUGAAUUUAAUAUAACCAACAGGAUUCUAAAGGCUGAUUAUACUUUACUUGAUGAUGGUGUUUCUGUUGAAGCUAAACAUUUUAUUUACUCGUGUAUGCAAGUGAAUCCAAUGAAUCGUCCAUCUACUCAAGAUUUAUUAAAUCAUCCUUGGAUUCUGAAUUGUGUUUAUAGUUAAAAAAAAAAAAAAAAAAAAAAUUUAUAUAAUCAAAAACGAACAUUAAACAUGAACAUUUAUUAUUCAUUUAUUAUUAUUAUAUCAUAAAACUUAAAAUUUUAUACACACACAUAUAUAUAUCCACAUUAUUAGUAAUUAUAACGUUAAUAUUAGGAAAUUUGAGUAUUGGAUUAUUGGGUUAAGGCUUAAAAAGAACUAAAAAGCUUUAAAUAUACUGGCGCUGGCAGCUGGCGAGAGUUAUUUUUAGCAUCAAUUGAAUAAUUAUUAAAAUACUUCAAAAAUCCGGAAAUAAUUGUAAAUAGGGAUGGACAUUUUAACUAUUUUUAAUCGGUCAUUUCAUUAGGGGGUUUAGCAUUGAGGGGGACUAUGAGGGUUUGGGUUAUUUUUAAUCGCUUGAUUAUUAAAAAAAAAAAA